AACAUGAAGUUUCUCGUCUUACUUACCCUCCUUUGGAGCUCUGUAGAAGGGGAAAUUCCAGUUAAAACUAAUGCAAAGGAAACUGCAAGGAUUGGCAGCGAUGUGACUCUUCGGUGCCAGCUGAUGACCCACGAAUCAAACAUCAUCCAAAUCACAUGGCAUAAAGAAUCUGGCAAUCUUACCGGGAACGUGGCUAGCACCAGUAAGGUUUAUGGACAGAAACUUCUUGGUUUUUACUCUAAUCGGGCAAAACACUCUACAAACAAGACUCUUAACGUCUCAGCAAUAACUAUCAGCCCCGUGAUCCAGGAGGAUGAGGGAUGCUUUAAAUGUAUCUUUAAUCUUUUUCCAUAUGGAGCUUCCACUGGAACCAUCUGCCUCGAUGUGUUCGAGCCAAAGAUAUUGGAACCCAGCUUGGAAGUUCAUGAGAUCAGCCAGCCUGACAAGCAGUAUAUUGUCACUUGUUCUGGUGGUGGGAUACCGGCUCCCGAUAUCACAUGGAUACUCCCCGAGAAUCUUGAUGUAGUCCCGGAAACAUUCACUGUAGUCAACCUUAAUAAAACUGAGAUAGUUAUAAGCAACUUUACUCUCUCCAGUAGCUGGAACAUGAGGGUCUCUGUGAUCUGCGUCGUGCGUCACCCUAGCCUCAGCUCGGAGAAACUUCUAUCAACAGAUAUAGAUUUGUCAAGAAAUCAAGAUUCUCAUCUGGGCUUCCAUUUUUUCCCUGCCGUUGUUGUUAUUUUAGUUGUCAUUGUGCUUGUGCUUGGAGUGCUCUGCAUAAUUCAUCUGGUUCUGCGGAAGAACUGGAAUUAUUACAAGCCACCAUUUACGAUUAGCUCAGAGAGCACAAUGCUGGACAUCUAAUGAAGAAACCAUCUCAAGACCAAUAGCAUAACUUCCAGUCUUCAACAUAAAAAUGGCCUUUGGUUCUCAGCAAUUUUUCUCAGUAUAACCUAACAUCACAUUUUCAAUAACUGUAUUUCCAGAUUCGGUUGCUUGUAGAGAUAAAACUCAAGUUGGUCAUUCUCACUUUCUUUUUGGUGGUAAACUUUCCUCCGUUAUCAAAAGAAAGUAGAGGGCACGGGUUUUGUUGUCCUACAGUGUUUUCUUUGUCUUCAUAUUUUGUAAUAUGUUCUCAACCCAACUGUCCUAGGGCAUCUUCUAUCUGGAGGAACAAAGUUUGUAGAACCUGGAUAUUAAACAAUCUCAUCCUUGCUUGGACAGAAGUUGUAUCAUUGGAAGGAACGUAUGCACUUGGUCGAACUAAGCAGUCAUACACAUGUAAGAGUUUGAAGAAGAAACAGCUUUAACUGACCUCUAGCCUAUCUCUGUGGUCAGUUUUAUGGUGGCCUUUGUGGAUAGCUUCAUAAAAGGAAAACAGUAUUUCUAUGUUCUCCCAGAAGAACUGCUGGGUCCAGAUAUUGUACGUGCAUGUGGAACUGGCUGGAACAGUUUCAAUAUUUAUAAAUUUAGUAAAUUUAUGCAAAUCGUUUUUACCUCAGUGAACGUGAUCCCAGGGACAAAUCUUAGGUUGCUCUUGAAUUUCACAAUAAGGCUACCAAAAGAAUUUGAAUUGCCAGUGCAGCCAUCCUUUGGUUUGCCACUGGCCAUAUAUAGUUCCUCUAUGGUAAAAGUGAGGUAGCUAUAAGGGGUUCAGAGGUUACAGUUGCAGAUAGGUCUCUGCUCUAAAGGGCCAAUAUCUAGCCUCAUCUUUGUCAUCCUCCUGUCAUGUGCUAAAAAUAUAGGAAUAACCUCCUCAACAAUCUAACCUUCUCCAGGCCUUCUCUUGUGCUGCACCAAUUCUCUAGAAUGUUCUUCCCCUGACCAUCUGCUUACUCCCCAGACCCAAAUAUCCACGGUUCUAUGUAUAUCCUAAAGACACAUGUCUUCAGGGAGGCGUAUCACAUUCCCUCAUCUCACCAUUAUAUCUCAGAACAUGAUCUCCUCACUCAACAAUGUCUCUUAAACCCCUUGCACCCUAAUGCAGUGCUUCUUAAAGGGGUUCUUCAGCACUUUGUCUGAAUUCUUGUAGAAGGAACAUUGGUCACCACUUCUUGCCAUUCUGUAGCUCUGCAAUUCCACAAUAGGGGCUGUGCUCACAUGGCCACCUGAAUGGCUGUAUGCUCCUCAGCUUGGUUCUGCUUAUGUGUCUCCCUGUUCAGUUUCUGUUUUCCUCUUCUGUAUUAUGCAGCAGAAGAGGAAAACACAGUAGCAAAUUCGAUCGAGAGAGGCACAUGAUCACUGCCUACAAAAUUGGUGGGGCGA